ACAGCUAGAAACUGCUCGCUUAACUGGCUCCUCUUGCCGGAACUUCCUGUGUUCCGAGCGUGUGGAUGGCGUCGCCGGGAACCUGAGCCGCCGCGUGAGCUUGCAAAGGUGGUGAGAAGACAAUGGCCAAGAACAAAUUGAAAGGGCAGAAGUCCAGGAAUGUAUUUCACAUAGCCAACCAAAAAACCUUCAAGGUUAAAAACAAGGCAAAACCAGUUACUACUAAUCUUAAGAAGAUAAACAUUAUAAAUGAUGAAAAAGUCAAUAGAAUGAACAGAGCUUUUGUAAAUAUACAGAAAGAACUUGCAAACUUUUCAAAAAGCCUUUCUCUUACAUAUGUGCAGAAAGAGCUGAAGCACCAUGAAAAUGAACCAGCUAAUGUUGACGAAGCAACACGACUAAUGGCUCAGUUGUAAUAAAGUGACAGUGUAUCAUAUUCCCCCAAAGAUCAAUAAAUUGAGUAUUUCAUACUUUA